CACGUACUAAUUGUUCAGCAGUGGAUAAUUUAUUGUAUUUACCUAAUAUUAUUGUAUUUUAUAUGAUUCUAGAAUAUUAUUUAUUGUAUUAACUUAAAAAGGCAAUGAAUGAAGGUCGAAGGAGGAGAAAUGGUAAGUUGGUAAAGGACGAGAUAUCAAUCACGUAAAAAACGAAAAACAUUAAUUACAAAAAUAAAAGGAAUAUCAGUGACACGUGGCAUAUCCUUGAUCGUUGAUCAAACCGCGAAACCUACACAGCGAGAGCGCGAAAAUUACCAUGAUUGGCGUUUUUGACUUGCAUCGGAUCUCACAAUUCAUGAAUCGAAUUUCGCUCACUCUCGGAUUUCACUUUUGUCUCAUUCAAUAUCAUUCCGUGCUCUCUGUUUUUCCAUGCGUUACGUGGUUUUCAAGUGCACCAAAAGUGUCCCACCGAUCGUUAAUGACGUUAACUUCAGCAUUGAGUUUGGUUACAACUGGCACUGUCUGCAUGAAACUAGCUGAACAUAAAGAGACAGAUAAGUUCUGUGAUCUUAGGAACCAUGUGGCUGCUACUAUUUGCCACCAAAAUCAAGUGUCAUUAGAAGAAGACAGUGAUCAUCAGCAUGGAUCCUUCAGAGGAAGAGAGUUACAAUCAGACAUGACAGGGCCUUCAUUGCUUCUUGAAGACAGAAUCUAUUCUGCUUCACUUCAUCAUAUGCUUCCUUCCAAUGAGUGGUUGGCUUUUUGGUUAUUCCUGGUUGCAAGCUCUUAUUUUCUCUUAAGCAAAAAUGUCUAUUAUUUUUGCAAUUGGAGAGUGAAAUCUGCUGAAAGAGCUAACCCAAAUGCAAGGAUAGAUCAGAAUGAUGAUAAAACUGGUUCAAAUUCUAUGUUUGGCUGCACUGAUGAGAGGUCAUGGUCUCCUCAAAGAGUUUCAUCCAAAUUUGACACUUACUCGGAGAUUUCGGAUUUUGACGGAACAAGUUACUUGGAUUCUUUGCUCAGCCUUGAAGAGGAAGAUUCUGAGUGGCUUUCAGAUUCGAAGAUUUUCUCUACCUAUGAGGAUCCUUCAACUCCUCUUAGUAUUGGCUACAAGUAUGACACUUUCUCUGAGAUUUCAGAUUUUGACAGAACUAGUUACUUGGAUUCCUUGCUAAGCCUUGUAGAGGAAGAUUCUGAUUGGCUCUCAGAUUCAAAUGCUAUUGGAUGUUCCAACGAGAAUCCUUCAACUCCUAUUAGCUACAAAUAUGAUUCUUUUUCGGAGAUCUCAGACCUAGAUACACCUCUUAACUGGGACUCUUUGCUUAGACUUGAGGGAAGAGACAGUAAGUGGUCUUCACUCAAUGGAGCACACUUUGACAUAGCUGAAGAUAAUGUUUCUGUGAAGACUUCAUUGGAAGGUGCAAAUAUGGAUGAGUUCAGUUAUGAUGAGCCACUCUUUUGGCCAUUUGAAGGGAAACAAAGUUGGAAUUCUGAGGAUUCUUUGAGUUCAUUUUGUUCCUCUCCUAGGAAAAAGUUUGUUUUUGACACUGGAUCAACCACAUCAUCAAGCUUGAAGACGAGCAAAAGAUCAGCAAAGAUAGUACCUGUAGAUUGUGAAGAUGAUAAUGUUGUAAUGAAAGGAAAAGAAGUUUUGAAUGACAAACACUUGUCUCUAACCAAGAUUCUUUUCAAUGAAGACGAUCUCAAUGCUUCUUCAAACAAAGACCUCUUUGGGAGGGGAUUUUGUGCCUUGGAUGAAGAGCUUCCCAUUGAGACAUUGGUAGGGCUGAAGGAAUUUGAUGGACAUGAGGGACUUGAUUCAGAAUUCAACUGUGAUUCCUUUCUGCUCUGUGAAUCUCUCAUCAACUAAUUCAAAUACCAGCAUCACUGCAACUUAGUGUUAGUGACUGAUUUACACACUCCCCAGACUUAACCUUACAUAAAAUAAUUUGGCCUUUUCUUUUAGUUUUAUUGGCCUAGUUGAUAACAACAUAUAGGUUAGAUAGGAGUUAGGACAUGAUAAGAAAUAUAGGCAUCAUUAUGAUCCAACAAAUAUAGUUAGGUUGCUACCUAAAUUGGCCAGUGCUGAUGCAUUUUUUUAAGUACAUACAGUUAAUUGUGUCAAGCUUAUUGUAGUUAUAACUUUGUUCUUGACGUU